AAAGCGGGAGUGGAGGUGGAAGACUGAAAGGUUCACUCUGUUUUGGCACUUGGCAGAGACUGGAGAGAGAGAGACGAAAAGAGCUGCGGAUGAGCAUUAAUGGAGGUUUGAAACUGGUAAGGUAGGAAGAAAGAGAGAGAGAGAGAGAGAGAGAGAGAGAGCAGCUGUAAUCUAAGAAGAUUGCCGGGAAUGAAGACAGGUAUAGUUCAGGAUCAAAAUCUGGAAAAGCAGAUAGAGAAGCAGAUGGGAUGCAUGGCAGGAUUCCUUCAGCUGUUUGAUCGUCAUCAGAUUCUAUCCGGAAAACGCCUCUAUGCUACCAAACGCCUUCCUCCAUCUCCGGCGGUUGAUUCCACAACCCAGUCGGAGAUAUCAAUCGGAUCUCCGGCUUACUCCAGAGAGCUUCAAGAGCAGCCGCAGCAACAGGAGCUACUACCACAGCCGAGAAACUCGCCGGAAUGUAGCAAACCUCCCCCGGGAAUCCUCACGCCGUUGCCGGAAAUGUCAGUUUCGGUGGAAAGUCCUGCGAUAACGCCUCAUCCGCUUUCGGUUUUCGAAUUCAAGGAAGGUUUGAGGUCUUCUUGGAAGUUCAAGGAUGCACCGAGGCUUUCUCUGGAUAGCAGGGCAAGCUUUGAUGGAAAAGGAAGUCUGCGUCCCAAGGAGAUCCGAACGAACGCGGCGAUUCUCUCGGCAAAUCGAUGCGAUGGUUCUUCAGAAGUAACUGUAGCGGAGGAUAACGACAAGCAGCGUCGUUCGCCAAGCGUCAUUGCCCGGCUUAUGGGGCUCGAAGCUCUCCCUGGUACCGCUGGUGAAGCUCCUAGCAAAGCUGAGUUGCGGAGGUCUGCAUCCGAGUCUAGGUCCAGGGAUCUGCUUCAUCAUCGAUACAUUGACGGGAACAAUUUCCAGCAGAAGCAGCAGCCCUUCCAGCCAAACUCUGGAAGCAACGCCAAAAGAGACAAUGCAGCUCACGAAGAUAAUAAAACGAAUUUGUUUUUCCGGACACCGGAUUCCGUUGACUUGUGCAUCAGGAAACGGAAAACCGAGCCACCGAAACCUCCAACUGGAGGCUUGUCUGCUUCGCCGUGGAAGUCGCAGCAGCAACGUAAGAGCUUCUUUGAUUCGCAGGAUUUCUUUCCAGAGCCAAAGCAGAGGGGCUCGCUUUAUGGAGAGAUCGAGAAGCGAUUGAAGAUGAGAGGAAUCGAUGAACCAGCAAAGGAUCUGGAGACUUUGAAGCAGAUCCUCGAAGCUCUGCAGCUCAAAGGGCUUCUGCAUUCUAAAAGGCCGGCGGAACAAAUCGGCCACCGGAAUUUCGUCUACGAUCGGUUAUUGUACGGCGGAGAAUCUCCGAUAGUCGUCAUGAAGCCUUCCCGCUCGACGGUUUCAAUAAACCGGGUUGGAAGAACAGGAACAGAGUCUCCUCCUUCGAGUUUCAGAUCCAGAGCUGGAGUUCGUCGGAAUCUAAAUCUAGCCGGUGAGACAUUGCCGCCGGUAAUCCCAAGGCGCGAUCGUCCUGAAACCGAGAGAAGUUUGCAGAAAGCUAGAAAUUCAAGGAACGAGAGCGGGAUAAAUAGUCCGAGUUCUCUUUCCAGGCGAAAACCUUUGAGCGUGGAAACGCAGAGGAGAUCAAAUGAUUCUGUGGAGCAGCGAAGAAGCUCUCCCGUUCAUUCUCCAAGGAUGAUCACAAAGAAGGUCGGAUCUGAGCACGCGACAAGCAGAUCACCGAGGAACAGGAAGUCCGUGCCUGAGAUUUCCCCAAAAGAGAGAAUUUCGAGUUCAGCGGAGGAUGAGUCAUCAACAAUUUCUGAGGGCAGCAUCAGUACGUCUUCUCAAUUCGACAUUGAGAGACCGAAAAUGGAGGAUUACAAAGAAGGGAGGAGCUUGUUGGAGAGAUGCGAUAAGCUGCUCAACAGCAUAGCGGAAAUGACAGCAACUGAGUUGCAGCCGAGUCCGGUCUCGGUCCUAGACUCGUCUUUUUACAACGACGAGUCUCCAUCACCAAUCAUGAAAAGAUGCAUAAACUUCAAAGAUGAAUCGGUAGAGCAGGAAGACGAGAACUGGAGCCCAGCGAUCUCUCCUGUCCGAUUGAAACCCGAAGAAGAGAGAUCAGAGGAUGGAGAUUUCCUGUAUGUGUCGGAGAUCCUGCGAGCUUCCGAUUGCCUCCCUGAAGAUUCUGACGUCUUCUUGUUACUGGAGAAACGACGUUACAAGGUCUGUAACUCGUCGAAGGAAUCAAUGCUCCACAGGAAGGUCGUGUUCGACACAAUCCAGGAAAUUGUGGACAGAAAGAAGCAGUUACCGCCAUGGAAGGUGGUGUUAGAGAUGAAUUGGGUGACAGGGAAGGCAGGGUUGAGGCAGAUAUGGUCAGAGUUCAAGAGAGUAAGAGAGAGGGAGCCGGCGGAAGAUUUGUUCGAGACCAUCUGCGGGGUUCUCCGGAAAGACAUGGCCGGAGACUCCAUCAAGGGCUGGGGAGAUAGCCAAGUGGAGAUAUCGGAUGCGGUUCUGGAUAUCGAACGGUUGAUAUUCAAGGAUCUUGUCGCCGAAACCAUCCGAGAUCUCGCUUCUUUUGCCGGGAAAAACAGAGCCCCGGCGCCCCGAAGGAAGUUGGUCUUCUGAAAGAUUUGGAAAUGCAGGUCUUUUCGCGCGCUUUCCUUUUUUUUUUUUUUAAUGGGUUUAUUUUACUCCAUCUUCAGUGUUAAUUCAUCGAUGGGAAAUCUAAGCCGUCCAUCGUCCAUAAUCCAUAGUUGAUUCAUCUUGAACCGGAACGCAAUCAUUUGUCUCUGAAAACGAAGCAUGAAUGGGCAAAGGGUGGGGGAAGGAGAAUGUAAUAGGUAAAAAGAGAAGGAAGGGAAUAAAUGAAAUUUAAUGGUGGUUAGCUUUUUCAACUAAA